AUGGAUAAUGUGGCAGCUGUUGUUGGUCCAUUGAUAUGGAAGGAUCAGUUUCAGAGAGGAAACUGUGAAGCAUUAGGACUAGAAAGCUCCACUGAUGACUGCUCAGAUGGUUCAACUUUUGCCAGAAAGUGUGAACAAGCUAUGGAACAAAUGGGAUGUCCGAAUAAUGAUUAUUGGGUUGCUACUGUCGCACUAGGAAUGAUAUCCAACUUUCAAGGAGAUGAUCAAGCAGGUUCCUCGCAUCCGAACAGCAUGAUCAUCAUGGCUUUUUGGGCACCGUUUCUUCUAGUGCACCUUGGCGGCCCAGACACUAUCACUGCUUAUGCGUUGGAAGACAAUGAGCUCUGGCUAAGGCACCUAUUGGGGUUAAUUGUCCAGGUUGCAGUAGCUUUCCACAUUUUUCUAAAAUUUUGGACAUCUAGCACGUACAACCUUUCGGUGUUAGCAUUACCAAUAUUUGUUGCUGGAAUUUUGAAGUAUGGGGAAAGGACUUGGGUGCUGUGGUCUGCAAGCCGUGAAAAAUUCAGUAACACGGUGGACAUGUCGCAUUCUAAUGGAGGUCCUGAUAAUAAUUUGCACUUCGAAUCUGUUGAUCCUCAAGCUAAACUUCUCCUUUUUGGCCACGAAUUAUUCAAGAAUAUCGUAAGGCAUCUUUACUUAAAUCUCUCCAUUGAUCGUCAAGAUGUUAAACUCUGCUAUGAUGUGCUUUGUGGUUAUUCAUCAAAAGAUUCAGAAGAUGUUUUCAAACUUAUGGAGGUCGAACUUGGCUUUAUGUAUGAUGUGCUAUACACAAAGGCAACCAUAGUUCAUUCUAUCAGAGGUAUCAUUUUUCGCUCCAUUACCCUGUUCUGCUACAUUUCCACAUUUGUAGUCUUUUGCAUCCACAUUGACAAGCAGCUUUACUACACCAUUGAUGUAACUCUCACUUACUUGUUGUCUGCCGGAGCCAUUGUUCUUGAGCUAUAUUCCAUCAUUGUAUUAGUCUUCACAGACUGGACACUAUACUGGUUAAUUAGCAACCGAAAACACACACUAGCUGACCGGAUGUAUAAAGUGAUUUCUUCAUCCUUUCCCUCAAAAGUGAGAUGUAAUAAGAGGUGGUCAAACACCAUGGCACAAUACAAUCUCAUUGAUGUCUGCUUAAAAGUGAAGGGCGUCCCCAAGCAUGUUGGAAUCAAGAAGCUCAUUGGCAUCUGUGAAAAGUCCGAGAAGUAUUGGUUUAUGACUUUUGAGGAUGUCUCGAAGGAAAUGAAAUUGUAUAUCCUUACGCAGCUACAAGAUGCUCAAGCACUCAUUCGAGAUGGAAGAAGUGUUAAGGAAGUCUUGAAUCGGAGGGGUAGUCAAGCGCUACAAGAUAGAAAUUGUUUAGAGCAACUCAGUUGGACCGUGACUGGCCCUCGCUUACCAUUUCACAAGAGCAUUCUUUACUGGCAUAUUGCAACAGAUAUAUGCUACUAUCACGAUGUUGACACUCAAGGUAUCUCUCCUACCUCCAAAAUGAGCAAGUUAUUAUCGGAUUAUAUGGCGUAUAUUCUUGUCAUGCGCCCUUUCAUGCUGCCGAAAGGAAUUGGGCAGAUUAGUGUUCGAGACACAUGUUCUCAUGCUAUUGCAUUUUGCAAAGAGAGAAGAAGACUCAUCACUAAUAGAAAAGAUGCGCGUCGAGUCCUACUGCAAGAAGAGAGCAUAGUUGCACCAUCAGGGUUGGGAAAGUCGGUUUUAUCUGAAGGGUGCAGGCUUGCGAGACAUCUGCAGUUGCUAGAUACAGAAAAUGGGUGGAACAGCGAAGAAAAAUGGAAAAUGAUAACCCAAGUGUGGGUUGAGCUGUUAUGUUAUGCAGCAAGCGAAUGCGGAUGGGAGCACCAUGCCCAACAGCUCAGACGAGGAGGUGAGCUUCUUACUCACAUAUGCCUUCUAAUGGCCCAUCUUGGUUUGAGCGAACAACUCCCUCCCGGAAAACCUAGCUAG